AUGGAUGAUAUUAGCGAUUCAGAAGGCUCUUUAUAUGAUAAUUCAGAGGAAAAUUCAUAUAUAAUAGAGCAAUUCGUACUAGCAGUAACUGAUUUUAGCUCACAGUAUGGCAGUGAUAUUAGUGUUUCAUAUACUGCUUAUAACAUUUGUGGUAAACCUUCCAAAUUUCCAGAUUAUGGAGAUUUUUCACAAUCGUUUGUGAUGAGAACUUAUGGCAAGUGGUGGAAUUUAGCACCAUCUCGUCUAGAACCUUUUAUGCCCCAAAAUGAAGGAAACAUAGUUAGUGAAGAUUUUAUAGAAAUAUUAUAUGAGACAUCAGUGUAUCCAAUAUGUGUAAGUUUAUUUGAAAUUUAUAACCCUGGGGCUUUGGUCAGGAUUUGGGCAUCUCAGCCAGAAGGAUGUUGGUCAUUAUUAUGGGAAGGAAAACCUGAAAUUAUUGGACAUAAACCUCGCAUGUUUACCCCACCAAUUCAAACAACGAAAUACCCCACAAAAUUAUUACGUUUAGAAUUUAACCAAAGCCAUUUGGAAUAUUAUACAGAACUUGAUGCAGUUCUUCUGACUGGUUCUAAAUUGCCAUUGAAUUCACAAAAUGUUGAUGUCAAAGAAGAGAAAAGUAUAUCCACAAUUGGGAAUGGUCAACUGGUGUCAGCAAUUUGUAAAAUGUCUCUUCAUGAAAAUCUGAUAGAAGAUGAAGAUAAAAUACAUGAAUUACAAAAGGUGGUUAAUGAUUAUAAAUCAAGCUUGAAAUCUAAAGAAAAGAAAAGGAAUUUAGGAAUGAUAUCCUGUUUACCAGAUGAGACCAUUUUGAAAAUACUUGGCUAUUUGGAUUUAAUAUCUCUAUUUCGAUGCUCCCAAACAAGUUCUUACUUAUAUCUUCUUUGCACUGAUCCAAUGUUGUAUACCGUGUUAGGUUUGAAACCCUAUUGGCACUAUCUGAAUGUUGAAGCUCUGCAAACAUUGUCCGUCAGAAGUAAAUUAUUGCAGAAAUUAGAUUUAUCCUGGUGUGGUUCUUAUGGUAGUUUUAAGGAGGAGCAUUUUACCAAAUUCUUGAAGAAUUGUGGUCGCUAUUUGAUAGAUUUGCGGCUGAACACUUGCAAAUUUGUAAGUAAUGACACUUGCUUGAGUAUCUCUCAAUACUGCUCUAAUAUAAAAGAAAUUUGUCUACGUAACUGUGCCAAUAUAAAUUCAGUAGGUUUUCAAAAAUUGGCAAAGCUUAGAAAUUUAGAACGUCUAGACUUGUAUCGCACUAAUAUUGAAACUCUUCAACUUUUAGAGAUUCUCAAACACAAUAAAAAUCUUAAACAUCUUAAUCUAGGCUCUUGUGCUCAUGUAUCAAAUUUAGAUGAAAUUAUGAGGCAAUUAUCUAUAACUAAUCAAAGUUUAAUUUCCUUGGAUUUAUGGAAAGGAUAUUCAAUAACAUCUGUUGGAGUACGAUUUUUAUCAAGAAUUUCUUCUUUAGAAGAAAUUGAUCUAAGUUGGUGCAUGGGAAUUGGUGAACCGGGAGAUAGUCUGCAUUGCUUAGCAAAAGGAUGCCCCAAACUUAAAAAAUUGUUUUUAGUGGCUUUGAGAGGUAUUACUGACUGGGACUUGCAGUUUUUUCCAUCUUUAUGCCCGAAUCUUCAGCAAAUUGAUUUAAUGGGAAUUAGAGGAAUAAAUGCUGAGAUAUGUCUUUCAUUUCUCAAUAAUUGCUAUGAUCUUCAACUAUUAGAUGUAAGUUUCUGUGAUCAGAUUAAAGAUUCACAGGUAGCUGUUUGGCGUCAGCUUUACCAAUCAGUUAGUAUAAAACGUAGUUUUCAAUCCAGUGGAUCUAAUAACAGCUGGUGA